AUGGAACAAGCAUGGGAUAUCUUAGCAGCUCGGCCCCCGCAUCCUCUUGUCUUAGAGAUACUAUAUCAGGGCGGUAUCUACCGUUGCGUCGUUGCUGGUCGCGUACAGCAUGACAAUGCUCUUGUGACGGCCAUGAUUGAGCGAUGGCGACCGGAGACCCAUACAUUUCAUCUCUACACUGGUGAGACCACCAUCACCCUUCAAGACGUGGAGGUCCUUUACGGUCUCCAAGUCGAUGGACGCGCUUUGGUUAUUCAGAAGCCCCAACAGAUGUCGUCGUAUCGGCAAGAGUUGAAUAGGCUCACUGGUUUCGGGCCUCAAGAAAGUCAUAUAUGGGGACAGAGUCGGUUGUUAAUGCAUCCCCUCUUCGAUCACUUGCGCCUCGUAGACAUGCAGCAUCCGAUUACAGAGGACAUACCUCAGGUUGAUGUUGACCGACGUGCUCGUCUGUACCUUCUCGUCAUAUUUGGGGGCAUCCUGUUCCCGAACACAUCGGGUUCACAUGUGAACUUGAGGUAUUUGCCCUUUCUGGAGCAUCUGGGCGAGUUGGGAUGUUACAGUUGGGGCGCUGCUGUUCUGGCUUUCAUGCAUCGCAGAUUUCGUCGAGCGUUUAUGGGCGCGAGGACCGAUGUCGCUGCAUUUUGCCCGCUCCUCCAGAUAUGGGUGUGGACUAGGAUGAGACCUCUUCAGCCCAUAGCUGCUGACCCUCUGCUGGACUAUAUUGAUGAGGCGAUGCCAUAUGCGCGGAGAUAG